UCCCUCGCUGUGAGCUCAGAGCAGCCGGACAGAGUGCUUGGGACCAGGACAGAGACCUGAGGGCAGCCAUGGGCUCCGGAGGAGUGGGUCUCCUUGGGGUCCGCUGGCCCCUGCCUCUCCUGCUUCUGCUCCGCGUGGGAGGCACAGCUCAGGACUUUCCACCCCAGAUCCUAGUCCACCCACAGGACCAGCUGCUCCAGGGCCCUGGCCCCGCCAAGAUGAGCUGCCAAGCCUCAGGCCAGCCACCUCCCACCAUCCGCUGGCUGCUGAAUGGGCAGCCCCUGAGCAUGGGGCCCCCAUACAUAUACGACCUCCAACCUGAUGGAACCCUGCUGCUGUGGCGGCCCCCUGCCCGGGGACACGCUCGCGACAACCAGGCCCUACCCUCAGACCUGGGCAUCUACACAUGUGAGGCCAGCAACCAGCUGGGCACAGCCGUGAGCAACGGUGCUCAGCUGUCUGUGGCUGCCCUUCUGGAGGAUUUCCAGGUCCAGCCUCAGGACACGGUGGCCACAGUGGGCCAGCAGGUGACCCUGGAAUGUGAACCGCCCUCUGGCCACCCAAAGCCCACAGUCACCUGGUGGAAGGAUGGGAAACCCCUGGCCCUCCAGCCAGGGCGGCACUUGGUGUCCGGGGGCUCCUUGAGGAUGGUCAGAGCAGAGAAGAGCGACGCAGGGACCUAUAUAUGUGUGGCCACCAACAAAGCUGGACAACGGGAGAGCCGGGCAGCCAGGGUGUCUGUCCAGGAGCAUCCUCUCGAGCUGCUGGCUGAGCACAUUCAGCUAGAAAAUGUGACCCUGCUGAACCCCGAUCCCUCCAAGGGCACCAAGUCUGGGCCUGCUGUGUGGCUCAGCUGGAAGGUAAGCGGCCGAGCUGCCUCUGCUCUGUCCUACACAGCGCUGUUCAGGACCCAGUCGGCACCAGGAGGCCAGGGAGCUCCGUGGGCAGAGGCCCUGCUGGCUGGCUGGCAGAACGCAGAGCUUGGGGGCCUCCAGUGGGGCCAAGACUACGAAUUCAAAGUGAGACCAUCCUUCGGCCAGGCUCGAGGCCCUGACAGCAAUGUGCUGCUCCUGAGGCUGCCUGAGCAAGUGCCCAGUGCCCCUCCACAGGAGGUAACCCUAAAACCUGGCAAUGGCAGUGUCCUUGUAAACUGGGUCCCACCACCUGCUGAAAACCACAAUGGCAUCAUCCGCAGCUACCAGGUGUGGAGCCUGAGCAACACCUCAGUGCCCUCAACCAACUGGACAGUGGCCGGCGAGCAGACCCAGCUGGAGAUCCCCACCCACGUGCCAGGUUCCUACUGCGUACAGGUGGCUGCAGUCACUGGUGCUGGGGCUGGGGAGCCCAGCAGCCCUGUGUGCCUCGUUUUAGAGCAGACCAUGGAGCGAGCAGCCCGGGAGCCCAGGGACCAUGGCCCGUGGACCCUGGAGCAGCUGAGAGCCACUCUGAGGCGUCCAGAGGUCAUCGCCUCCGGGGGUGUUGUGCUCUGGCUGCUGCUGCUGGGCAUCACUGUGUGUGUCCACUGCCGGCGCCGCACUGGGGUGCACCUGGGCCCAGGUCUGUACAGGUAUACCAGCGAGGACGCCAUCCUAAAGCACAGGAUGGACCACAGCGACUCCCCCUGGCUGGCAGACACUUGGCGAUCCACCUCUGGCUCCCGGGACCUGAGCAGCAGCAGCAGUCUUAGCAGCCGGCUGGGAGUGGACCCCCGGGACCCACUAGACCCCCGUUGCUCCUUGAUCUCCUGGGAUCCCCGCAGCCCUGGUGUGCCCCUGCUUCCAGACACCAGCACUUUCUACGGCUCCCUCAUCACUGAGCCUUCCAGCCCCCCGGUCCGGCCAAGCCCCCGGACCCCAGCUAUCAGGCACCUCCGACCCCAGCGGGCCCGGCUCUCCAGCCCCUGGCCCAGCUCAGACAGCCUCUGCAGCCGCAGGGGGCUCUCUUGCCCACGCUUUUCCGUGGCCCCCGCAGAGGCUUGGAAGGCCAAAAAGAAGCAAGAGCUGCACCAGGCCAACAGCUCCCCGCUGCUCCGGGCCAGCCGCCCUGUGGAGCUCUGGGCCUGGGAGCUGGGGAAUAAAGGCUCCAAGAACCUCUCCCAAAGCCCCGGCGCCGUGCCCCGAACUCUGGUUGCCUGGCGGGCCCUGGGACCGCAGCUCCUCAGCUCCUCCCAUGAGCUCGCUUGCCCUCUCCCACCAGCACCACUCCCUGCUCAUGAAGCUCCCACUCAGAACCAGCAGACCCAGCACCCAGUGGAGCCCCAAGCUCCCUCCUCCCUCCCACUGUCAGCAGCCCCCAUUCCCACCUUCACCCCCUCGGGUACCUCCAGCCACUCCAGCCACUCCAGCCGCCAGGCCUCCUCCCUCUCGGGCCCCAGCCCAACCUCCAGUCGCCUGUCCAGCUCUUCACUGUCAUCCCUGGGGGAGGAUCAGGACAGUGUGCUGACUCCUGAGGAGGUGGCCCUGUGCCUGGAGCUCAGCGAGGGUGAGGAGACCCCCAGGAACGGUGUCUCUCCCACGCCAAGGGCUCCUUCACCCCCCAGCACCUACGGGUACAUCAGCGUCCCCACCGCUUCAGAGCUGGCAGACAUGGGCAGGCCUGGAGGCGGGGUAGGGCCCGAGGCGGGGAGCUUGUUGUGCCCACCCCGGCCCUGCCUCACGCCCACCCCCAGCGAGGGCUCCUUGGCCAAUGGCUGGGGCUCAGCCUCCGAGGACAACGCCCCCAGUGCCAGAGCCAGCCUGGUCAGCUCCUCCGACGGCUCCUUCCUCGCCGAUGCCCACUUCGCUCGGGCCCUGGCAGUGGCCGUGGACAGCCUCGGCUUCGGUCUGGAGCCCAGGGAGGCAGACUGCGUCUUCACGGGUGCCUCAUCACCUCCCUCCCCCCGGGAUGACCUCUUCCUGACCCCCACCCUCUCCCUGCCCCUGUGGGAAUGGCAGUCAGACUGGCUAGAGGACGUGGAGAACAGCCACAUCCAGCGACUGGGAAGGGGGCUCCCUCCCUGGCCCCCCGACUCUUAGAACUCUCCCCAGAGAAGUCAUCUCAGCUGUCCUACACCCAAGGCCAGCUCCUCCUGAGGCAUAUCCCUGAGACCCCCCAAGAAGAGACUUGGAACUCCCUCUCCUAUCAGCCACUGGCCCUAAGGGAGAGCGGGCCCUGGACGGGAGGUCCUGUUCUGUGCUCCUCUGCAGCUGGGCACACCUUGCCCAACGGGCCUCCAGGAGAGCUCUCCCUCCUUGAUCGUGAAAAUGAAUGAAACAGCAUGAAAUCAGAGCAAAGCAGACCUGGAGCCUCGGGAGCAGAGUUCUCUCUCCACUGGAUGCCCUUGCUUUUCCUCUGCUCUGUCCAACCCCACAACCAAACGGUUUGGCUUCAGGAGCAACCCAUCUCCUCAUCUCCCACCCACGGGGAUCAUGAACUGUGGGGGAGCCAGAGGUCUCUCUGGGGGACAACGGCAGUUUGUGGGGUAGGCCGUGGAGGAAGGGGCUCCUCAAGCCUCCCCUCAGCCUCACUGGAUGGCUGUUCCCAGAGGCCGCUCAGCUCCCACCACACCAGGUAAAGGAGACAGAGCAGUGCCCCUGAGGCCAGGAGGCCCAGCCCAGCACCAAGGCAAAGGCUGCAGGUGGACCAGAGGGGGAGCUAAAGGGAGGGAGGUGAGAAAGUGGGACAAAAACACCCUCCUCACAUUGCUGUCACUGUGAGCCUAAGGAAUUAAUACUGUAACAUGGCAAUGACUUGA